AUGUCCCCAGAAUCCCACAGUGAAAGCCUUGGUGACAGUGAAUUUGGAAAUGGAAACAAGUCGCGGAAACUUAACAUGUCAUACUCUUGGCUAGAAAAAGCAUUGUCUCGCGGUUCAAAGAUUGUUGUCGUAUUUUGGACUCGACCACUGUUGCGUGAAGUUCGCAGUUUGUUGAUUGCGUUCAAUACCACUGUUGCCCCGGGAAGUCUUGCUUGA